GAAUACAUCAUAAAAUAUGGUUCGAAAACUAUCCUGAGAAAUCCAAUUCCGGAAAUGUUGCACGCUCGGUAUCCAGUAUCGAACCGAUUCGGCUCUGGGCGAAUGGGAAGACUUAAGCCCUUCCAUCUUUUCCCCGAUAGCACGAGACUCAGAUUCCUGUAGUGGUUGGGCCCUGGGAGAUCUUUAACUCCAACAGUCGUCCAAUCAGCCUUCUCAUCUUCUCGUCGCAGAUCGCCCGUCCGACUCAGAGAUGCUCCGUUUCCAGUGGAGUAUGGGGAGGAUGACGGCACCAUUCCAUCAUCCGGUCGUGGCUUGCAGGCCUUAAGAAGGGCCGAAGUCCUCUCCUGUGUCAGUGAUUAGGACCUCCUGCGCAGUUCUGUGAAUUGCUAGUACCCUCUUCGAUCUUCGAUUGGCAUGCAGGACCUACCGAGAUGAAGGCGAGUUCGACAUGUAUUUGUGGUCUGGCUUGUGACGAAUUCGCUGAUCGACCGAUCGGGCGUCCAAUGACCUGCAAAACACCCUCGACAACACACGGGUCUGUUGCGUGAAAGAGGCAGGGGCUCUUCGUCGCUAGCUGCUGCUGAUGCUUGGAAAGCUCAAAGGUUGAGGUGUUACUCCUUGCCAGAAGGCACCCGAAGAGCGUAAGCUGCGAGCGACAGGUCCGCUUUGCUGAAAUUCGGCCGAAUUUGAACAAAGCAGGAACUACUCCUAACUGUCACUGAAGGAGCUUCCUCUAUUUCGACUAGAUCCCCCUGUGUAGAUAGGGAUUAGCUUGGCCCACAAGUACGAUGAAUUAAAAUUCCACUUUUCUGGACUGUAGCAGUGGUCAGCAUUCAGGCGCUCGUCCUGGUUGCGAAACUUCAGUAUUGCAUCUCGUUAUAGAAUCGAGAGUCCGGGAUUGGAAUUGAAACCUACGCAUUUGUCACGGUUUCCUGGAAAAUGCUAGGCAGCAGUUCCUUCUUUGACUUCAAUUUUGAUCAGGAAGUUGCCAACCUACAUCUCUCCGACUAUUGUCAAACUGAACCACAAACGCCACUGAUAAACACACAUACCACGCUAUUCACACAAGGAAGUAGUCCUAACUAUCAGAGUCAGGUCUCCGUUGAUCUUCAAACGGAAUCAUUCGAGCUCUCUCCUCGAGGUCUCUCCACGAUGACUAUAUCAGAAGACACGGGUUCAGAAUACCACGCAGCCACUACAGAGCCUUUUCUCUACCUGUCAGACUUGGAGACACCACUUCAGAACACAGCUGAUGGUAAACAGGAUGUGACCCUCUCGGUUAACCUCACGGCAUCUGAUACGACAGUUCGUGCCGAAAUUCAGGAAAGUGGAGAAAAACCACCAUGUAAUUCUGGUCAUUCUUUGUUGGACUCAAUCUCUUACAAUUCUUCGAGAGAAGCUGAAAACGAUAUAGAGUUUUGGCUACGUGCAUAUACAGCUCCAAGCAAAAAUCUGCCUUUCGGCUGUGGGGAACCUAAGAAAACAUACCACAAAAUAGCAGACGGUAAUUGCAACGUAGUCGAUCAGAAGCCAUGGGGCCCGCAACUGCUGCAAUCAUCUGAAGCUCCAAAUCACGUCCUAUCUCUCGAGACAAGAAAAGAUGGAAAUUCGAGUCAAGUAAUUCUGGAAGGCCAAUCUAACCUUGUGGAAGUGCAAACUGCGACUCGACGCUCGCCACGUUCACUUGAAGCUCUAAAAGAUCUUGGGAUUUUUAUGUUUGGAGAAACUGAAGAGCCAUGUCCCACCGUUGCAGAGGGUAAACUCAACAUUGAAAAUACAGAUACACUUUGGCAGCCUCAGUCUGAACCACACGAUGACACUCUCUUUGGAGAAUUGUUUAACUUCGACGAUCGCGCAGAGGAUGAAGAUCACCGUCAAUACGUUUUGGGAUCCAUGUUGGAGGAGCUCGAGAAGUUCGUUGACAAAUCCGAUAAUGAACUUUGUAGAAGUUCUGAGACAACAAAUGAAUUAGACCUUCAGUGUCUCAUCGUGCAUCAUCCUGACCUCCCUAAGAUAAUUGUGGCAAGCCUUGCCUGCUAUAAGAUAAGGGCUGAUGAAGAGGAGAAAAAGCAGCUGGACGAGGUGGCCAACUUAUCUCUUUCCAAGCUCCCAGCACAAGACCAGCUUUUGGGGCGUGGAUACUCCAGCAAGGGUAAAGACCCACGUCUCGACUUAUGCUUGGAUAAGUAUCUGAAAGCCCUCGAUGAGUUGGAGAAACACAUUUCGAAGCUGGUCACGUCAGCCGACACUCACUGUGUUCAGAUGAAACAGAACAUUCUUAUACAGUGUCCAGAACUUGGUGAUGUUUCAAAGCAGAGCGAAAGUGAUUCGGUCAGUGGUGGGCAAAGUGAGCUUUUCACUGAAGAAAUGGAGAAGAUAAUUCAAGACCAUGAAAAAGCAAAAGACAGGCCCCAGCGAUCUGCCCUCCCCAUGUUGACAGAUCAAGAAUGGAGAGGAGCAAUCUUAGCUGCAUAUAAUCCAAGUCUUCUCAGGACCUUGAAAACGAGGCAUCUGAAAGAAGGCCGCAGAAACCUGAAGCUGCCCGAUCCGGCUCGACGUAUUUUGCUCAAUUGGUGGACCGAACAUCAGGGGAAGCCUUACCCGUCGGAGGAGGAGAAACAAAUUCUGGCCAAGUGCUCGGGCCUUGAGAUUGAUCAGAUCAAUAACUGGUUCAUCAAUCAGAGGAAAAGACACUGCUGCUCUGCGUUCUCUGAAAAUCACAAGAACCAUGCGGCCGACUGUUACAAGAUGAAUGGCCCAAGACGAUGAUCUCCAGCCCCUUUUCGUUCGCAGCUAGAUUGACAUGCCUUCAGGAGAAUCUAUGAUGUCGGACUCGAUGACUCAAAUCACAUUUCUGCCAUGGACGUUUCUCAGAAGACGAGAUUUGGAAGCUGUGAGCUGUACGUUGUGAGAACCAAAUGGAAUCUUAACCAUGAUGUCAUAUAGAAGUCCAAUAACUUUGAGGCCAGGUAGCUCAUUCUGAGUUUGUCUGCCCAGAUACAUCCUGCAGAUAUUAUGUCCCUUAGACUACGAUUCUGAAAGCCAGGAUCGAACUCAUAGCUGGCAUACCGAUAAAUGCUGUCGGCAGUCGUUCGGUAGAGAUCAGAUCUUUCUUUGUAGAAGUUCAGAUUUUUGUGAGCGAUCUCCUUCAUUUGAAUAAAAGGACAUCUAGAAGUCGUUGUGUUCUCACUGACGUCCUUACUUUUAAUUGCAUCGCAAGCAAAGUGUGUAAUUUGGUACACAUUUAUGUACCUGAUUGGUGUCACAAUCUAAAAUUAUGUUUAGGUGGAUAACGCACAUA